GGGCGUUCAUCGAGUUGUCUGCAAUGCCAUCAAACAACCUCCACGUUCUUUUCCUCCUCUCAGUUUGACAUCCCAAAUGGAUGGUCUGCUCAUACUUUGACUGAUGUCAGCAAGCGCGAGAACAGGUGUGAUGCUGGGACGUGGAAUAUCGACAUAAACAACGAGUCCUCGUCCGCGCUGUAAGAAAGCAUGCAGUGCGCACUGGGUGAUGUUACUCUGACUGCAACCACCGAGACACACUCUGAAUCUGAUGCUCGGAGUCACCGGCUGUGGUGCUGUGGGUAGUUAAGAUAAAGAAUCAUGGCUCCUCAUCCAGCGGUGCAGGCCGUCAUUGAUCUUUCUGCAGGAGCCAUAGGGGGCGCCGCAUGCGUCUUUGCCGGCCAGCCUCUGGACACGGCAAAGGUCAAGAUGCAGACUUUUCCCAGGAUGUAUCGCGGCUUCAUCCACUGCCUGACCUGCACCUACCAACAGGUGGGACUCCGAGGCUUCUAUCAGGGCACAACUCCGGCGCUGAUGGCCAACAUCGCUGAGAACUCUGUGCUCUUCAUGAGCUACGGCUUCUGCCAGCAGGUCAUCCGCUUCACGGCGGGAUUACACAAGGACAGCGUGCUGAGUGACGUGCAGAGAGCCUGUGCCGGCUCAGUUGCGUCCAUCUUCUCCUCGAUGGUUCUCUGCCCCACUGAACUGGUUAAAUGCCGCCUGCAGGCCAUGUUUGAGAUGGAGGCGUCGGGGAAGAUCGCCAAGAGCCAGAAUUCAGUGUGGUCCGUGGUGAAGUUCAUCAUAAGAAACGAGGGGCUUCCAGGCUUCUUCCAGGGUCUGACCACCACCAUAGCCAGAGAGGUUCCCGGCUACUUCUGCUUCUUUGGCGCUUACGAGCUCUGUCGCUCCAUGUUUGCAGACUAUAUGAGGUGCAAUAAGGACGAUAUAGGUGUUGCUGCGACCAUGUUCAGCGGUGGGCUAGGGGGGGCUUGCCUAUGGACCGUGGUCUACCCGAUGGACUGCGUCAAAUCCCGCAUCCAGGUCAUGUCUUUGACAGGCAAGCAGGCCGGCUUCUUCAAAACCUUCAUGGCCAUUGCUCACGCUGAAGGGGUUCGGACGCUCUACUCCGGUCUCACCCCCACCCUGGUCCGCUCCUUCCCGGCGAACGGAGCUUUGUUUCUGGCCUACGAGGCGAGCAGGAAGCUCAUGAUGCAGCAGUUUGACGGCUGAUGCUCAAGUGCGGGCGGAGGAGGAGCACCUCGUGCUCCUGUUCUCUGAAACUGCCACACUCCUCAUACUAACAAAUGCCUUUUCUAGAGUGUUUACUUUUACUUUAGAUUGUUUUUGGUUGCUUAUUUUUAACACUACAGAAUUUACGUGCAUUACAGCAGUGCUGAUCCAACUACAGUUUCUUAUCUCAAGUCUACCUCAGCACACGAACAGGAGGAAGACUAUGUAGUGAGACUAACCGCUAAGCACAAAUGAUUUUAAAAACCCUGUUUGAAUUCAUUCAAAAAUUACAAGAAUGAUGUUAUUAGCAUGUCAUUUUUAGGAAUCCUUUCCUAUCAUUGAUAAACUGCAGUUCUGAAUCACAUUUUAGAUUCAGAGGAAAAUAUUUUAGCUCAUUUUUUAAGUCUCCACAUUUAAGUUUUUCUGUUGUCCGGACAGGUUUGAGCCUUUUUUUGCUUUUGUGAAGUUAUUAAUCUGCUCCUGUGGUUUUUAUCCCCCUUUUUUUCAAACUGUGUUGCCUUUUCAUUGCCAUCACUCCUCUUUUUGUGUUUCUUUGAAAAAUCUAGAAAAUAUUAACUUUUCUGUGCUCGUUCCGCCUUUUCUAUUUCUAUUUUCCCUAAAUGAAAUAUAUUCUGCUCUUAAUUUUCUUAAUGUGUCAAAUUUAUUGAAUUAUUAGAGAAAUAUCAGAGAUGUGGUGCAAUCGUGUCCUUCACCAGUUGUGGUCGAGGUCACUUGGGUUCAAACUGGUGCUAUAGCUUUGUGCUGCCUGUUUUUACAUGACAGCAAAUGCAGAAGAAACUCGGUAGACAUACAGAAAAUGUGAGUACUUCAGUGGAUCAGAGUCUUCAAUGCCUCAGGACUCAAGAUGCCUACAGACUCAAGAAAUGGAGAUAUUUAAAAAGUAAUCUGCUUAAAAGCUCUACAGCUAACAAUAGUUUUCAUAACAUCUUACUUUUCAGUUCACACAUCUGUAUUAAUGAAUAUCAAAGGUGGAAAUAUUGCUUAAUUUUUCAAAUACAUUAAAGAUGCCAGUAAAGAUCU